CAGCAGCAGCACAGGGGACGCGCGCGCCGGGAAGCACCCAGCAGUAUGUGCGCGCCCACGGGAGGGGCCGACAGAAAAUGGCGAGUCUGUGCAAACGGCAGCAAUGCACGGUAGAGAGGCGCGGCUUUCGGCAGGAACUUGACUCCUGGAGGCACAAACUCAUUCACUGUGUAGGCUUUGAAAGCAUCCUGGAAGGCUUGUUUGGGCCGGGAGUAGUCAAAGACGUCACACUUUUCCAAGACUGCGAGCCUGAGGAAGUGUCUGACUGGUCUUUUGAUGACAACUGUCUCUUCUGCUGCCUCCGACGCGAGAAAGUCACGGAGCGAAGCGCCGAGGUCUGUGCCGGCAGCCAGGUGCUGUCGGAGUGUGACGACCCCAAACAGGAGCGGUCUCGGAUCAGCCGGCUGGAGAGACAAGCUCAAGACUUCCUCAAUGCUGUGUUCCACAGGAAAGAACUGCCAAGUUUGUCCGACCCUCACAUCCCCCUAGUGGCCCGUGAGAUCAUGCAGCGAAUGAUCCGCCAGUUCGCCGCCGAAUAUACCUCAAAAACUACUCAGGACGACCCGCCCCCGCCCAACGGCACCAUGAAGGACCAAAGCCUGCCCAGAGCCGCCGCCCCUCGCUCCCCGGGGCCCGCGCCCGCCCCCGCCUCGCCCCCGUCGUCCGCCUCCUCGUCCCCGCCGCCGGACCUCAGCCCCGCCGCCGCCGCCUGCGCCGAGGGCGGAGCCACGGCCGCCGCCUCCGCACAGAACCCCGUCCUCAGCAAGCUGCUCAUGGCCGACCAGGACGGCCCGCUGGACCUGACCGUCAAGAAGAGCCAGAUGGAGGCGGAGCCAACGCAGCAGGACGGCGUCUUGGACCUCUCCACCAAGAAGAGCCAGAGUGCCGGCAGCCCCAAGACCAUCCCGGGCUUCUCCUCGGCACACGGGCUCAAAGGGCGUUCGUUGAAAUUGGAUCCAUCCCCGCCAGAGGUGGACGAGGACGACGGCCUGUUGCAGAGAAGCUUGCAGGACGAACUUCGAAACAACUACAUCAGCUCCAACUCCUUCAAGCCGCCGAUGGCCCGCUCGCUGCGCAUUAAGGAGGAGCUCCUCAGCCAAAAGCACCGCCUCCUUAGCCAACCUGCUGCUCUGUCUUUGGCCAACCUGGAGUCGGCCGGCCUCCUCAAUCACGGUCAGCCGCACUCCUUGCUUGGCCACAAGGGCUCCUCCUCUUUCUGGGGGAGCAAAGCCCACCUUGAAAGCCUGAUGAAGCUCAAGCAGGCCAACGGCGCUCUAAGUGGAGCCCUUGGCGACCUCAAAGACCUUCCUACAUUCUUGGAGAACCACCAUGGAGCCUUCUCCUUCAAGAGUUCCCUCCAUCACCAUCACAAUCAGGUCUCCAAGGCCCCGCAUCACCACGAGAGCAAGCGAGACCACGGCCAUUCACCACCAGUUGACCUGAAGAUCCCCCAAGUUCGAGGCAUGGAUCUCUCCUGGGAUUCUCACGCCUCUGAGCUGUAUGGCUUUGGUGCCCUCGGAGGAGCGGGUGGCGGACAUGUCGAGAGCGCUUUGAGCCGGAAGCUGAGAGCCAUUCUGCCCAAGCAGAACCGCCGGGGAGGAAGUCUCGGUAGCCUGCUGGACGGUGCGACGGAUUACUGGACCGCCGACUUGGACCACUCUGCUUCCGGUCCAGCAUACUUAAACUCCGAUGUGGAAGGGGACCCAAACUCCAAGCAGCCAAGGAAGAAGAGGGGUCGUUACCGUCAGUACAAUACAGAGAUCCUUGAGGAGGCCAUCGCCGUGGUGAUGAACGGGAAGAUGAGCGUCUCAAAGGCCCAGAACAUGUACGGCAUCCCGCACAGCACUCUGGAGUACAAAGUAAAGGAGCGCAUGGGAACCCUGAAGAAUCCUCCAAAGAAGAAACUCAAGCUAAUGAUGAAGAUGGAAGCAGGUGGCCCAGAUUUUCCCAGUGAGUCCGAGAACACGCCUGGCGUGACUCCGCGAGACGACGCCCCCCCACUGGCAGCCGCCGAGCUGAAAGACAACGUCAAAGAAGAGCUUGAAUCGAUGGAUUAGAAAACCGCCACACGUAAAACCUCAGUCGAAAGACCAUUGAAAAACCACGGGGCUUUAGUUGUGCCAAUUUCCUUUGCAGUAUCGGGUGAGCACAAACGCAGGGAUAAAAACAGAAGAAACACAACUCAUCAGAACUUUUUUGGCGCCGAAUCGGUGCUCCUGACGCAUUUGUUUAGGUUUUCUAUAGAAAUGCAGCGAGAGACAAAAAAAUUUAAAGACAAUUUAAUGAAAAUUUCCUCAAGCAUGCUGAUAAUCCCUGGCCCGAAGAACCUGGGGAACCUAGAAGGUCGCCGCCUGAGAACGCAGCGCGGGCUUUCUUUGGGAACAAUCCAAUUUGGGCCAAUGACGAGGGGACGCUACAAAAUAAUCUCUUGACAAAUUACCGCCCCUACGUCACGCAGUCAAAUUGGCGAGUGACGACUGGUUUUGAAGUCGACUGUAAGUUUUAAUCACGCCGUCAAGAUUCUUCAUCAGGGUUGUGAAUCCAAACCCACCUGCCAGGUAGCCAUGAUGCUUUAACUGCAAAACCUUUCUUUCCUCCUUACGAUGUUCUACUGGGUUCUCUGCGGACAAAAGCGACGUUCGGAACGAGAAGACACACAAAAGUCAUUCAGGGAUGCAUGUUUGUGAGUUUUGUGAAGAAAACUACUGACUUCUAAGAUCAUUUCCUCUAUCUUUAUCUUUUCUUUUGAUUUGUUUUGCUUUCUUUUGCACUACACUUUGGGUCUUGCGCUUACGGACCAGGUUACCUCGGCAUUGUUGCCCUUCGCAUCAUGCACUUAUUAUGGUCUGUCUCACAAGCCCAGUCGCAAACCUCACAUUGGGUCAUGGGGGCGGGCUCGCCGCCUUUGCGCGCCGCUUCCGCAUUCAGGGUUCUCCGAAUCUGAUUGUGGAUCAGCUGCUUCUAAAGGUAGCGCGCCACCUCAUGGACCUCCAUCAGUGUCUCACGGCAGAUCCUGGAAGGUUGUCGGAAUUGUCUCGGAACGGUGACCGGGGUUGUCUGUACUUAACGAGGGCCUUCCAGGAUCGGCGUCAAACUCAGCUGCUAUCCAGUUGAUGACCCUGCUCCUAUGCUAAUUUUUUUAGCCAGCCUCAGCUAACGAGUUUAGCUAGUCCCGGCUUACGACGACACUUUUCUUUCCUUGUUUUCUAAUCAAGUGGCUCAACUAAUCGAGUUCCUCUCCACCGAAUUUCAAGUUUUAAAGGCAGUUUUACUACGACAAUGUGCAUUUAUA